GACCUUGAUUGGGAGGGUAUUUUGGCCUUAGGUGUUUUUUUUAAUCAGGAAGAAGCAUGUCGUAUAUGCUAUCGCACCUAACAAAUGGGUGGCAGAAGCUGAUUGAAGUUAGUGGAAAAUAUUAAAAAUGCCUGUUUUAUCAAACACUGAUCGAGAACGUAUCGGAAAACUUUUCAAUGAACUUGAUGUAGAUAAAGAUGGUCGGAUUAGUGUUACUGAACUUAGUCGUGUCAUAAGAAAGAGCAAAGAUGAACCAAAUCGUCAAAGCAAAACGGCUAAAAAAAUUAUGACCGAAGGAGAUAUGGAUAAUGAUGAGACACUAACCUUUCAAGAAUUUCUUUCCUAUAUACAAGAUGCUGAAACACAGUUGAAGCUUGCGUUCAAAGAAAUUGACCAGAACCACGAUGAGCGCAUAGAUGUUAGUGAAAUUCAGUCGGCUAUGAAAAGACUUGGUGUUAAUGUAAGUGAGGCUGAUGCACAGAAGUUACUUGAACGAAUGGAUAAAGAUGGCUCCCUGGACAUUGAUUUUAAGGAGUGGAGGGAGUUUUUGUUGUUUAGUGGAACUUCAAAGAUCGAUGAAAUAUUUCGGUACUGGAGGCAUGCAUCAGCCAUAGAUAUCGGCGAAAAUAUGUGUGUCCCAGAUGACUUCACGGAAGAAGAAAAAAAGUCUGGUGAUGCAUGGAAAACGUUAGUCUCCGGAGGGAUUGCUGGUUGCAUUUCCAGAACAGUAACGGCUCCAUUGGAUCGAAUCAAAUUAACGUGGCAAGCACUAGGAAGUAAAGCUUCUGAGGUAGGACUUUUAGGUACAGUCAACAAAAUGGUCAAAGAAGGUGGAGUAACGUCAUUAUGGCGUGGAAAUGGUGUUAACUGCUUGAAAAUUGCUCCAGAGUCGGCAAUUAAAUUUCAAGCCUAUGAAGUUUACAAACAUUGGUUUAGCGAAAGUUUGGACAAUAAUCCAGAUGAUAGUCUAAAAUUACAUACAAAAUUUUUAUCUGGUGCAUUGGCUGGUGCAACUUCUCAAACUAUUAUUUAUCCUAUGGAGGUGUUAAAAACACGAAUGUGCUUACGUAAAAGUGGACAGUAUUCAUCAAUAUUUGACUGUGCUCAGAAGCUCUAUCAAUGUAAUGGUUUUAGUAUAUUCUAUCGAGGUUAUGUACCUAAUAUAUUGGGUAUUUUACCAUAUGCUGGGAUAGAAUUAGCUAUGUUUGAAACAUUCAAACAGACAUAUUCAAAAAUUGUCAUCUCAAAGGAUGAAAAAUCUGCAAAUGCACCUCCACCAGUGUAUGUAUCUGUAGUAGCCGGUGCUCUUUCAUCAUUAUGCGGUCAACUGGGCACUUAUCCAUUGGCGCUGGUGCGUACAAAACUUCAAGCGCAAACAGCCUCAGAAAAAUGUUUUAAAGUGUGACAACUUGAGCGGAAGAACUUGUGUGGAAGGUUCUGCGUUGACUUUGUGUGUCUGGAACAUAAAUGCAACCAAAUAACUAUGGUCCUCCUAACUUCGUUAUCUUCAGCGCUUAAAUCUUGGCUGUAUAUCGAAACAAAACUGAUUUUUGAACCGUGUACUCAUGGUCUGAUCAACCCUUAAAUAUUGUGCCAGGAUUAUAGAUGAUCUAUGUUUGGACUACUUAAGCUUACAGUGUCCUUACCAAUCCAUCAAUGUAAUGAAACUCCCUAGGUAAAAUCAAUGAGUGCUGUCGUCGUUAGCCACUUCGCUUUCUUUUAUUAAACCAAGCACUGAGUUCAUCUGCUUACCUUUAAUUAGUGCAUGUCUUAUGUGCACUAAGAAUUCCAAUUUUAAGUACUUUCGUUCUAGACUGUGCUUUGAAAUUCACUCAGAAUAAAUAAUACUGUGCAAUAUUAUUUUUAAGAAACGGUAUGAUUUUUUGAAUCACUUUGAUAGUCAUUUUAGGUCAUGUAAAGAAAACAAAUUUAUUAAUUUUCUUUUUCUCUUCUCUAUCAUAGACUGCAUUAAUAAAAGUUGUAAAGAAUAUUGUAGAGCAUGAAGGUGUAACUGGAUUAUUUAGAGGCUUAGGUCCAAAUAUUCUCAAAGUUCUUCCAGCUGUCAGUGUUUCAUAUGCGUGUUAUGAUCAGAUUAAAGCAUUUCUAAAUGUCUCAAAAUAACCGCAACAAUGUAUGUUUUUAAAAAGUACACACAACCUAUCAGCUGAUUAACUCUUGUUUGUUUGCAUGUUUGUAUUCCUAUCAGAAAAUUGCCUAUUUACAUAUUUGAUCUUUACUAUUAUUAUUAUUGUUAUUAUCAUAAUCCAUAUUGGCCGUUGGUCUGCAAAGAGUGCUAUGCUUUUUUUGGGCUGCUUUAAGGGCCACUCUAGCAAUGAUUGAAAUAACCAAUUAGGUUUCUUCAUUCUGACUGGAAAGGCAGAUUUUCAUAAGAUGGGGAAGUUUGAUCGGUUAUUUCAGUUGUAGCUAGGGUAGCCUUUGAAGUCAUCCCUUUUUUCACUCCUUUCAUGCUCGCAUAUUUUCUUUAUUUUUCCUUAUAAAUGUAUCAGGCAUAUUAUAUUGAGAGGUACUUAUCUUAAAUUUAUUUGUAACUUCUUUUUUCUUUAUUAUCUAUUGGUGUAUUAUUAUUUCUGACUUGAGAUGAUUUCGGUUUCUUUGUUUUUCGUUGACUUUGCAGUGUGUUUUACACAAACAUUGUGGUUGACAAGAUUCCAAUAUAUUUCUUUAAUAUCUUCAUAUUUUCCAGAUUUAUGUGUUUACUCAAGCAAAUCUGUCAGUAUUUUUUGUUAAAUACAAUUCUUAUGCUUCAUUUUCGGACGUGUGUACAAUGCUUAUGCUUCUUUUUUUAUGAAAGGUUACAAUAUACUUCCUGUUGUACACAUGGUGAUCUCUCUGCACACACCUCUACCUGUAUUAUGAUGAAUUGAACUGUGUCAUUUUAAUCAGAACUGUGGAUCGAAUACUAACAUCAUCAUGCUUAUUACUUCGACUAUUACGUGUCUUGCAUGCGUUCGAUAACUUAGCCUUAUUUGACUGUAUUUUGUAUAAAAUCAUUUUUUUUCUUUAGUUCAAAAAAGUGAUAUAGUGAUAAUAAGUGAUGAUG